GAGCCCGAUGCGCGGCGGCGGCGGAGGCAGCAGCAGCGGUUUCAGCAGCUUGGGCAGGAGCAGGAGGCGGAGGCGGAGGGCGUGAGCCGCGCAAAGGGCGGGCCAGGCGCCUUCUUCCCGCAGAGCUGCCCUUGGCCCCAUGGCUACCCGGGUGUUGAGCAUGAGCGUCCGCCUAGGGCCCGAGGAGCCCGUCUUCGCGCAGCUCAAGCCCGUGUUGGGCGGCCGGGAAGGCUCCAUCUUCGCUCCGCCGGCUCCAGAAGAUCUCAAGCCGCCGCCGGCUCCUCCUCCGCAGCAACAGCAGCAGCAGCAGCCCAGCGCUGCCCGGAUGCCCGGAGAGGAGAUCGUGCAGACCCGAUGCGAGAUGGAGAAAUAUUUGACCCAGCAGCUUCCUCCCUUGCCCCCCAUCCCCGAGCACAAAAAGUACCGGCGGGAUAGUGCCUCGGUUGUGGAUCAGUUCUUCACCAAUGGUGACGGGGUGCCUUACAGCGUCAACAUGAACCUCUACCUACCGGAUCUGUCCCAGCUGAGAACGGGCCUCUUCAAAGCCCCGAGAGGCCCCGCAACCCACAUCAAGACAGAGCCGGUCGGUGCCUUCAACCACCAAAGUGAGGCACCUCCUGUAGUCCCCACCUCUGCCCAGGCUCUCCCCGAGUUUACAAGCAUCUUCAGCCCCCACCAGGCGCCGGAUGUGAACAGCCUCUUCAUCAAGCAGGAGAUGUCUGCCUCAGAUCUAGGCCUCUCUGUGCCCGGGCCCCAGCAGGGCCAGCUGUACCAGCUCCUCAGCUCUCCCGAUUUAGACCUGCCGAAUGGAGCGGGGAUGGACUCCCUUAGCAACGUCUCCCUGUCUUCCUCCAUGACAGGCCUCAACACCCUCUCUCCAGCCAUGCCCCAGACCUCCAUGAAACAGUUCCAUGGGGUGCCCCCCUGCACGUACGCCAUGCCCAGCCAGUUUCUGCAGCAGCCAGCCACCUAUUUCCCCCCUUCGCCCCCAAGCUCGGAACCUGGCAGCCCCGACCGGCAGGUGGAAAUGAUGCAAAAUUUAACACCGCCUCCGUCUUACGCUGCCACCAUCGCUUCCAAGUUGGCCAUCCACAACCCGAACUUGACCGCGAGCAUCCCCAUGAAUUCGCCGAGCAUCCCAACCGUCAGAUAUAAUCGGAGGAGUAACCCCGACUUGGAGAAGAGGCGGAUUCAUUACUGUGACUACCCUGGUUGCACUAAAGUGUACACGAAAUCUUCCCACUUAAAAGCACACCUGCGAACUCACACUGGAGAGAAGCCAUACAAAUGCACUUGGGAAGGAUGUGACUGGAGAUUUGCUCGCUCGGACGAGUUGACCCGCCACUACCGGAAGCACACGGGCGCCAAGCCCUUCCAGUGCGCUGUCUGCAGCCGCAGCUUCUCUCGCUCCGAUCACCUGGCCCUGCACAUGAAGCGCCACCAAAACUGAGCUGCAUCGUCACGAGGCAGUGGGCACCUAUGCAACAUGUGGGCGACCCAAGUACCUACCCCCUUCCAUUAGAAAUAGCUAAGGGUUUGCCUGCGUAUGAACUCUUCCUUUUUAGAAGCAGAAAAAAAAUAAUAAUAAUGAGGCUAGAAGAAACUGGAAAUGUAUAUUUUGUAUAUUUAUGAGGAAACAGGGAAGACACUGUCCAGAGAGACACGGAUUGUUUUACUGCGUUAAUGCCCUGUGAUUUACUCUUUGUAUCUUGGACUUAGUCCUACAGGUUUCAUCUCAGGGCUGCCUGUCGUGACGUUUUGCAGAUGGGGGUUGGUUGGGAGGUUCUGGGUAGGCAAAAAGGGGAUCUCCGAUUUGAUCGUGUGACCCUAGGUCUCUCCGUGGCGGAGCAGCACCAUGGGUCUCCAAGACACAGUUCUCAGCAGAUCCAUACAUCAGUUUCAAUCAUAAAUGUUGCCAGAAUAAAAUCGAAUUAAAAAAAUAAAUAAGCUGCAGUGCUUCACUGCUUCUUUCUCUCUCCUUGUCCCUCCUGCUCUAGGAGAGUAGAAACAAAGAGAAAAGAAAGACCAUUUGAUCCCCACAGUUGUGGUUUGGUGUGGCCACAGAAACCAGGAUUGUCAGCCAGCUUUAAAACACUUUCAGUGAUUAGAUUUCAGAUCCUGGUUUCUUCGGCCAUAAGAAGCUCUAAAUUCUGGUUCAAGGAGACUCCAUUCCCACUCUUCGCAAAAGGAGGGGAGAAGGAAGAGGAGAUGGUCUCACUGGCCCACUGGCUCUCCACCUUCUGAUCCUGGAAACCAUGGAUGACAUGGGAGUAUGGCCAUCUGACCAAUUGGCUCUUUUUGUCCAUGAACCUCCAAAGGACAACGGAAAAUUUCAUCCCUUUGGACAAAGAGAUUCUGAUUCCCUGGGAAUUUUGUGCACAGUAGUUUUGCACAAAUUGUAAUUAUAAUCUGGCGGUUAAUUGAUGUAAGGCAGAUAAAAAAAUAUAUUGCAUAAGUAUCAGAGGUGGGAUUCACUUACCUUCCCUACUGGUUCGCAAAUGUGAGCGCACGUGCUACCUCUGCACAUACACACAGCCUUCUGUGCAUGUGCAGUAGUCAUGCAUUACAUCCAGGCAGGUGGGCGGAGCCUCCCACAGUGGCCGCUACUGGUUUGCGCGAUCCAGAGAGAACCGGCUGAAUCCCACCACUGAUAAAUAUGCUCCACUCAUGUUUCCAAAAUACAACAUGAAGUAUUAUGUCUGAAAAGCUGCGUUAUCUGUAACCAAAACACUUAAUCAGACGAUAUUUUUCUAAAAAAAAAAUAAAAUAAUUUAAUAUGAACUGACAGCCAAAUGAAUCCCAGAGAACAACCCACAAUUUAUUUUCUGUCAAAACUGUACUGGAUGUUUUUUUAAAUACUUGUUAUAUUUUAUAUUUUUUUUUUCUGUGGAGAUUAAAUAUAUAGAGAUGAAAUUCAUAAAUAGCCAUAGAACAAAAUGUUCCAUAUGUUGCAUGUCUACCGUGACAAAGAUUUUGUAAAUAUGCAAAUCAGCUCUUAAUGUUUUAUCACAAAAGGAAUUUUCUACAAAUCAGUUAGGAUAAGUGCCAAGCAUCUGGACUAGGGAGAGCUCAGUCUGGCAUGUCUAUAAUAUUCAGCCAUAAGCAUUCAUAAAGAUCUGAUCCGCCGAGUGUUUAAAGUUUAGAAAUCCAUAUUUUCCCCCGUUGUGUCAAAGGACAACCAUUUUCCACAUCGCGAGCUAUUCAGCAACUGUCAGAAGCUUUAAAUAACAAGUGGCUCUAAGACUAAUGUUAAACCUUUCACUAUAAGCUAAACUUAGUCCUGCUUUAAAAAGAAGGAUUUAGAACAUGAUUUUAGAAUACCAGAAUGCUAAGCUGGUGAAACACUAGUGUAAUACCUUGUGAAUUUUGCUCACCCUGAUUCAGUGUGUGCCAGAGACCUUUAAGAUAUUUUGGAUUGCACUGAGGUCGGGAAAAUAGAAAACAAAGCCAAUCAUCCUGAACUGUGCCAUCUAACAGGGAUGAGACUUUUGCUGUGUCUUGUUAACAAAAGGAAGUGUACCCCCAAAUGUACAGUUAGACAAAUGUUGAAAUUGUCUGGGCGUUCGUCUCUGUAAGGUACAUAGCUGGAUCUGGGAGACUCAGCUUUUCACAAGAUAAAAAGUACUGUAAUUUUUAGAGGAAGAAGGUGUAAUUAAAAUGAAAACAUCACGGCUGUGCAAAUGUGUUGUAACACCAAUGGAAAACCUGACACGGCAAAAUGUCUUUUAGCUAAAGAUGGGCCAAGGGAUCUAAUUCCAGGGUGAUCAGAUCUAGCCUGCAGAAAUCCAGGUGACCACUAGGUGGCGGAGAACCCAGACUCUUGGUUGCCCUCUAGAGCAGGGGUGUCAAACUCAAGGCCCAGGCUCCAGAUCCGGCCUGCAAGGUGCUUAGAUCUGACCUGCGGAGCGUCCCUGGAAACAGCGAAGGACUGGCCCACAGUGCCUCUGCCAGGGAAAAUGGAGCUCGGGAGGGCCACACGCGGCCCUCCCAAACUCCGUUUUCACUGGCAGAGAGCUUGGGCCACCACAGGUGCCCCCAACACAAGUGAUGUCGAGCUGGCCAUGCCCACUCUAGCCAGCCCCCCACUGCUCCCCGAGGUCAAACACAACCCUGAUGCGGCCCUCAAUGAAAUUGAGUUUGACACACCUGCUCUAGAGGUUGUCAGCUUUGCUCAGGUUAUUACUUGGGAGCCCUGGACCUACUUGGGAGCCCUGGACAGCUCCACCAUUAUUCUUGCUUGAUGUAUCUUCAUUUCAUUCUGUGGAGAUCCUCUUGUCCAGAUACCCCCUUAUUCUUCCCCUAAAGCCUAUGAAAGCUGGGGAAAAUGCCUGCAGGGACACCCAACUGUGGACCAGGAAGGGGCACCAAGAUGGUGGGACAAGCCACAUUUAGUACAAAAGAGUGCCAGCAGCGCUGGCACAUCUGGAAUGGAAGUUCUGUACAGUUUGACUACUUAUCUUCAAGGGUAAUGAAAUUACCUGUUCUCUUGCUUCAAAACGAUCCGUUGAUUUUAAAAUAUAAGUGAAAUGGUAUCCUUUCGUGCUCAUUUAAAUAUAGCAUUAGAUUCACAGGCUAUUGCUAACUUUUUCAGAGGCAGAAAAGGAAACAGCUGCCAGCAAAGAGCUGACGGGAGAUUUAAUCUCAAUCCUUGAUCAUAGAUGCAAGUUACCAAUUAGGUGAGAGAAUCAAUCAGUGUAUUUAUUGAGAAAUAAAUCUGUUCAUUUCUUCAUGGAGCAAGGAGUGAACAGGUUUGGCUCAUCCAGCACUUCCUGGUCCUUUGGACUUCAGAGGGGCAGAAUCCAAUAUGUGCUUCCUGUCCUACCUGUGAUUACUCAGAACCUAAGUCCCAUGGAGUUCCACAGGCCUAUUUCCCACCAAAUAUACUUUUAUCUGAACCAAUAAGAGCAAACAGAAUUAUUCCGUAGCCUGGAUUUACAAAAGCAAAUCUUGGAAUGGAUUCUUAUUUAAGUUCCUUAUAUUGACUAUGUUCAUCUAUUGCAUAAGGUUUAGGAUUUGUUCUCAUUGUGGUUUGUUGAACAAGCUAGGAGGAAGCCUCAAUCCAUCCUGUGGUGCAGCAAAGUAACAUUGACUUAAUGGGACAUUGCCUAGUUUCUUUUCUAUGUUAAUAUUCAGAAGUGAAACACUAAAACAGUCCAGGAAUAAGCUAUCCUGACAUAGCAAGCUAGGAUUUGUGAGCCAGCCACCAACCAUGUCAAGCAGUAUUUUCUUUAAUUAGUUUUGGAGUUUUGUUGUUAUAUUAAGCCGACAACAACUGACAUGAUGAUCUAGAGCUGUGAAUUAAUUAGCCUUCCCUCCGAGUAAAGUGUGUAGAUAGGAUAACAAAUCCCUCAUGGCUGAUUUUGUUGUUGUUGUUGUUGUUGUUGUUGUUGUUGUUGUCUAUUAAAAAUUAUCUUUUUACCAUUCA